CUCCCCCUUUUUUUUGUCGGUUUUGGUUGGAAAGACAUGACUCGGAGUGUUUGGAGAAACACAGGUAGUUGGCCAAAGUCUUUCCACGCAUAGGCGAGUGGAAUUGUGCGUCGUGAGUGGAUUAUAAAGUGACGAUGAACAGAGCCAUGGAUGAGAGGAGAGAAUAUGAGGUGAGAGGGCAGUUUACAGACAAACAUGACUGCCAACAAGAGUUCGAAGGCUGUAUCUCGUGGAGGAGGGGGUAAAGCUCCCAGGGACGCCUCCGAGAGGUCUCAGUCUACAUCCCAGGGUCUCGCUCUCUCGGUCAGACAGGCGCAGGGCCAGCAAACUGUCCUCAGUGACAGUGAGAAGUCCGAGAAGCAGUGCAGGUACGUCAGGACUGACGGCAGGUUCUUGGUGCACGCUGGCUGGAACAGCAAUUCUACUUCCCUGGGUAGCGGUGCUUCUCUCACAUGUGACACAGACGGUGGCCGUCUCACAAAGUCCAAGAGCAUCGGUUGCCUGGACAACAAGCUCUCAAUCUAUAAGCCUCCACAUCAGACCCAAGUGUGCCAGGAAAACCCAGGAAUCCAACAGUCGAAGGAGAAACGACGGGAUCAUUCUCCAAGAGAUGGUCUUAAUGGUAGACCUCUGAGCUGGAGUACGCUCUCACUGGGACCUUCUUCUGAACAAAGACACAAGCGCACUCUCUCUCUCUCCCAUUCAGUAGCAGGUGUACCCUCCACCACAAUUCAAAAAAAGAUAUCAGAAUGGGAGUGCAGGAGGGUGUCUCUGCCUAGGAUGAGCUUGUGUAUAGAAAAACGACCAGGAGGAGAACGCAUAGGGGGUAGUGAGGGGUGCCCUAGCUUGCUCUCAUCUCCCUGUAGUGAGAAGGCAUUUGAUUUUAAAGGAGUUCGCAGGAUGAGCACAGCAUUCUCUGAGUGUUCCUACACAGAGACGGAGGAAGAUGAAGGUGUUGCAGAUAAAAAAGGCGUUGGUCGCUUCCAGAAACGAAUAGUCAAACAAGAAUCUUCAGGAACAUUCCUUCGCUCCCUGUCUGCUCGGAAGGAGACAUCAGCAGUCCUCAAUAGGAUACAAAAGAUAGAGCAAGCCCUAAAGGACAACCCCAGCCCACCCCCUCCUCGCUAUCUGAAUAACUGCUAUGCACCAGACAGGGCACGACAGAAGACUUUUGUCUUAGGUGAAGCAGAUGACUUGAACAGCACAUGCACCAGUAAGCGCAGCAGCAUUUGCUCAGUGGACACUGAGCCAGAUGCAGUUUUGGUGUCGGAUAAGCUGUCUAAACAAAGACAAAGGUUUAGUGUGAGCUCAGUAAUUUCCGAUAGUCCAGAGACACCCAGCGUACCACCUCCUACUGGCACACCAGUCAACCCCUUACCUAAACCCAAACGCACUUUUGAAUAUGACGCCAAUCAGAACCCGAAGUGUGUCUUGCCAACAAAUGGACUACCUCACAGCAGAACCUCUGAAUCUCCCCCACCUCUGCCCUCAACCCCGGCACCGAGCAUUAUGCGUACAGUGAAGACCGAGGGCAACACCCCAGCGAGGCUCCAGGAAAGAGAAUCGUGUGAGUCAGAGGAUGCUGUGAGCCUACCAUCUUCAUAUCCAUCCUCGCCCACAGAGAAUGGCACCACGACCACAGAGGCACAUAGUCGGCCCAGUUCCAAAAGCACUUUAGAAGAGAACGCCUAUGAGGACAUAGUAGAAAAAGAGAACCCCUAUGAGGAUGUUGACCUGAAGCGGAGAAGUUUGGGUCGGAAGUCUUGUCCGUUAAUGGAGAGCAACAGAUCCUGGACCACCCCAGACAGGAAGCUGAACUCUCCACCUCAGUUGCCUUCCAAACCUAGUAGCCAGUCCCUGCGCCUCUCUGGUACCAGUGAUCAAAAAAGCCACAGAGUGUCACAGCUGUCUAAACGCCACAGUCAUGAUGAGACGUUGCUUGGUGUGUCAGCUUCAUCUUGUGACCUGAUGGAGGAUACCCUUUGUGGCACGAGUGAUAGUUUGGCUUCACACAGGCACUGGAGGAUCCCCAAGCUGGUCCAGAGAAUCAACUCUAUUUACUGCUCUAAACGAGGGAAGAAGAGGCUGAAGAAGCUCACAUUGUCAAAUGUUGAGACGACAUCUGUGAGAGAUGACAACAGUGAGAGUGAGAGUGACUCUGAUGACAGGUUCAAAGCUCACACCCAGAGAUUGUUGAAACUGCAGUCCAUCCUCCGACGGGCCCCGAGUUACCGCACACUGGAGCUCCAGCUCAUUGAGUGGCAGGAGAGAGAACUCUUUGAGUAUUUUGUGGUUGUUUCUCUGAAAAAGAAACCCAGCAAAAACUCCUACACCCCAGAGGUCACCUAUCAGUUCCCAAAGCUAGAGAGGCCCACCAAACAGAUGAGGGAGGCAGAACAGAGACUCAAAGCCAUUCCUCAAUUCUGCUUUCCAGAUGCAAAAGACUGGAGUCCUGUGUCAGACUACACCAGCGAGACCUUCUCCUUCAUGCUGACCGGAGAGGACGGCAGCAGGAGGUUCGGGUACUGUAGACGCCUUCUGCCAAGUGGAAAAGGACCUCGCCUUCCGGAGGUGUACUGUGUCAUCAGCAGGCUGGGCUGUUUUGACUUGUUCUCCACGAUCCUGGAUGAGGUGGAGAGACGGAGAGGCAUCUCUGCAGCCCUGGUCUACCCCUUUAUGAGGAGUCUCAUGGAGUCGCCCUUUCCUGCACCGGGGAAAACCAUCAAAGUGAAAACUUUUCUGCCUGGAGCGGGAAAUGAGGUCAUCAAGCUGCAGCGACCCACUGACUCCAGACUCGAGCACGUAGACUUUGACAGUCUGUUCAGUUGUCUCAGUGUUCGGCAGGUUACACGUAUCUUUGCCUCCCUGCUGUUGGAGCGUAGAGUCAUCUUUGUGGCUGAUAAACUCAGUACCCUGUCCAGCUGUAUGCUUGCAGUGGUGGCGCUGCUCUAUCCUUUCUCUUGGCAACACACCUUCAUCCCUGUGUUGCCAGGGUCCAUGUUGGACAUUGUCUGCUGUCCCACACCCUUCCUGGUGGGGCUGUUGUCUAGUUCACUGCCUAAACUCAAAGAGCUGCCUGUGGAAGAGGCUUUAAUGGUUGACCUGGGAACUGAUCGCUUCAUCCGACAGAUGGAUGAUGAGGCCUCACUGUUGCCUCGGAAACUUCAGGCGGCUCUUGAGCAAGCGCUGGAGCAAAGGAAUGACAUCAUUAAUCAGGAUUCUGACAGCGAAUCAGACGAAGAGUACAACUCUUUGAACAGCUUGGUUUCAGAGGCUUUCAUCCGCUUCUUCUUGGAGACGAUUGGCCAUUACUCCCUGUUCAUCACUCAGAAUGAGCGCGGAGAGCGCAUUUUCCAAAGGGAGGCCUUCCGCAAGUCUGUGGCUUCGAAGAGUAUCCGACGCUUCCUGGGUGUUUUCAUGGAGUCUCAGAUGUUUGCAGGGUUCAUUCAAGACCGGGAGUUGAGGAAGACCCGGGCCAAAGGGCUGUUUGAGCAGAGGGUGGAUCAGUAUCUGGAGGAGCUGCCAGACACCGAACAGAGCGGAGUCAACAAGUUCCUUAAAGGCCUUGGAAGCAAAAUGAGGUUUCUUCACAAGAAGAACUGAGUGGAAUUUUGAUUCCUGUACUCAGUAAAAGCUGAGGACCUGAUGUCCCAUGUGUCUCUGCAUCAUGAUGAGCUUUGCUCCUUUCAGUCAGGUUUUUGUAUGAAUGUGUAAAUAUCUGAUUGUAAGGUGGCUGUAGUACUCUCCCAGGUAUGUCUAUAGUACCAUAUGAAAUAGUGUUAAGAGGGUGGGAGUGAGCCAUAGAGUAACCACUGAUGUUCAGGUGUGUGUGAAGAGUCUUAACAGAAUGUGUAUGAUUGUAUGUGACAGGAUGUGGGCAUAGAUGUACAGUUCUUUUUUUUUUUUUUUUUAAAGAUUUUACAUUAUUUUACAUCGUCUGUUUAAGGAGUUUGAAACCUACAAUGAAGAAGAUGAUUGUAAUUGUUCAUAGUCUUUUGCAAUCUUUUGUUAUGGAGUGCUAAUUAAAAAUGCUUCAAACAC